CCAACAACUGGUGUCCUGUACAAAGAAGAUAAUUACAUCAUCAUGACCACUGUGGAUAAGGAAAAGUACAAGUGUCUCCUGCCCCUGAUAGCCAGUGGCAAUGAGGAAGAAGAAAAGGACUAUAAAGGUCCCACUCCAGGAGAACUGCUGGAGCCUCUCUUUAAGCAAAGUAGCUGUUCCUAUAGAAUUGAAUCUUAUUGGACUUACGAGGUCUGUCAUGGAAAACACAUCCGUCAGUACCACGAGGAGAAGGAGACAGGGCAGAAAAUAAACAUCCAGGAAUACUUUCUGGGGAAUAUGAUGAUGAAGAACCCGUUGUCAGAACCAGAUCCAGAAGAGAAGGAAAAUACCAAAGAGAGUGCAAAAGAGAUACCUACCAAGAACAUUGAAGGCCAAAUGACUCCCUAUUACCCUGUGGAGAUGGGCAAUGGCACACCUUGUAGCUUGAGACAGAACCUCCCCAGGUCAAGCACAGUGAUGUACAUCUGUCACCCAGAAGCCAAACAUGAGAUCCUCUCAGUAGCAGAAGUGACCACCUGUGAAUAUGAAGUGGUUAUACUGACACCACUGCUGUGUAACCACCCGAAAUACAGGUUCAGGGCUUCCCCUGUGAAUGACAUCUUCUGCCAGUCUCUGCCAGGAUCCCCACUGAAGCCACACAACCUGGAACAGCUGGAGAAGCAGCAAGAAAUGCUCAAGAUGCCAUUUAGGAGGGUUAAGGAGGAAGAAAUGCCUUCAACAAAAGAAGAGACUUUCUCUUCCAUCCACAAGCCUGUGGCUGUGGGAAGCCACCAGCUGCUCACAGUGGGAACAACCCACAUCUCCAAACUCACUGAUGAGCAGCUCAUAAAGGAAUUCCUUAGUGGCUCCUACUGCUUCCAUGGGGGUGUUGGCUGGUGGAAAUAUGAAUUCUGCUAUGGCAAAUAUGUUCAUCAGUACCAUGAAGAUAAGGAAAGUGGCAAGACUUCUGUGGUGGUGGGUACCUGGAGCAAGGAGGAACACAUUGAGUGGUCGAGGAAGAACGCUGCCAGGACCUACUACCUGAGAGAGGAUGGCACCCAGACAGUCAGGAUGGUGUCUCAUUUCUAUGGAAAUGGAGAUGUUUGUGACUUGACAGACAAGCCAAGGCAGGUGACUGUGAAAUUGAAAUGUAAAGAAUCAGAUUCCCCUCAUGCUGUGACCAUCUACAUGUUAGAGCCUCAUUCUUGCCAAUACAUCCUUGGGGUGGAGUCUCCAGUCAUCUGUAAAAUCCUAGAUACAGCAGAUGAAUAUGGGCUCCUCUCUGUGCCCAGCUGAGGACAGCCAAGCCCCAGAUUCUGGCAUUUCCCAUGGGAACAGCCAUCUGUGAGCUGACCAAGGCCUCACCAGCACAGCUUUCCAAGCUGAGGGACUCGUGAACCACUUUGUGUAUAACUAUGUGUAUAUAAGAGGUUAUCGAUAAACUUUUAAUGAUUAAAUUCUUGUCUUGCAUUUC